AAGAGCCACGAUUUCAAGCCCCCCCGUAUUCCUUUAGCUUUAUACUCGGGGUCCGAAGCGCACACUCUCCUGACAAGUGUACAACGCGUGAACUCGUCCUCUAGUUUCUUCGCGUUGACGUCUUUUUUUAUGUUUUAUAAUAUAAUAUUAAAUUAAAAUCGUUUAACGAACUGUUGUAGAUCAGUGGACGGGAAAUUGUGCGAUAUAUUGAAAACGAGAAUACGCAAUCAUCAUGGGGAUUAAAUUUCUCGAGGUGAUUAAGCCAUUUUGUGGCAUACUCCCGGAAAUAGCGAAACCACAACGUAAAAUCCAAUUUAGGGAAAAGGUGUUAUGGACAGCUAUAACGCUGUUCAUCUUCCUUGUAUGUUGCCAGAUUCCCCUCUUCGGUAUUAUGUCUUCGGACAGCGCGGAUCCCUUCUAUUGGAUUCGUGUCAUCCUUGCUUCCAACAGAGGUACUCUCAUGGAAUUGGGUAUCUCUCCGAUCGUUACGUCUGGUCUUAUCAUGCAACUUUUGGCUGGUGCAAAGAUUAUCGAAGUUGGCGACACUCCUAAGGACAGAGCACUAUUUAACGGAGCUCAGAAGUUAUUUGGUAUGGUAAUCACGGUUGGUCAAGCAAUCGUUUACGUGAUGACAGGAAUGUACGGAGACCCAGCUGAAAUUGGAGCCGGAGUUUGUCUGCUCAUCAUUAUCCAACUUUUCGUUGCCGGUCUCAUAGUUUUGUUGCUCGAUGAACUUUUGCAAAAAGGAUACGGUCUUGGCAGUGGGAUCUCGCUCUUCAUCGCCACAAAUAUCUGUGAAACAAUCGUAUGGAAGGCAUUCUCACCGGCGACGGUAAAUACCGGACGCGGUACAGAAUUCGAAGGUGCUGUAAUAGCCUUGUUCCACCUCUUGGCUACGAGACAAGACAAAGUUCGAGGACUUCGCGAGGCUUUCUAUCGUCAAAAUCUUCCAAAUCUCAUGAAUCUUCUGGCAACGAUAUUGGUCUUUGCUAUAGUCAUAUACUUCCAGGGCUUCCGUGUCGAUCUACCAAUAAAGUCCGCCAGGUACCGCGGUCAAUACAGCAGUUAUCCAAUCAAAUUAUUCUACACGAGCAACAUCCCUAUUAUUCUCCAAUCUGCAUUGGUUUCCAAUCUUUACGUAAUCUCGCAAAUGUUGGCCGUCAAAUUCCAAGGAAAUUUGAUCGUUAAUUUGCUCGGUGUGUGGUCCGAUGUCGGUGGUGGUGGUCCAGCGAGAUCUUAUCCCGUUGGUGGUUUGUGCUAUUACCUUUCGCCACCCGAAUCGGUCGGACACAUCGUUCAGGAUCCGGUUCACGCCAUGCUCUACAUUCUCUUCAUGCUUGGCUCUUGUGCAUUUUUCUCGAAGACUUGGAUCGAAGUUUCCGGCAGUUCCGCUAAGGAUGUCGCAAAACAAUUGAAAGAACAACAAAUGGUCAUGAGAGGACAUCGUGACAACUCAAUGAUCCAUGAAUUGAACCGUUACAUCCCCACCGCAGCCGCUUUCGGCGGCCUUUGCAUCGGCGCUCUUUCGGUAUUGGCCGAUUUCCUCGGUGCGAUUGGAUCCGGUACGGGUAUCCUUCUCGCGGUCACAAUAAUCUACCAAUACUUUGAGAUCUUCGUUAAAGAACAGAGUGAAAUGGGUGGAAUGAGCACGUUAUUGUUCUAAGCUCGUAACUAAAUAGACUCAAAAAGUGAAUUAAUUUCUUUUUAUCACGAAGAACUGAAUAAUAAUAAUUUAUUGUAAAAAAAAGAAAGAAAGAACGGAAAGUAAGUCGAUUGUGGCCGAAUGAAAACCGACACACUUACACACACACAACGGUACACAUGGAGAUUUAUUGUAUUUCCUUCGAGACGAGGCCGAUACGACGAUGUCGUUUGCGGGUUAAGUGAAAUAGACGAAAUAUUAUCUCUUUGA